AUGCAGCGGGUCGGCUGGAGCCUUCGGACCCCAAGCUGGCUUGCCCCUGCACCAGGGCUGCUUGUGAGCAACUUCUCUCAGGCCAAGCAAAAGAGCCACACGGUCGACCCGGAAAUCCUACGGGACCAAUCCCGCCUGGCCCCCGAGAUCAUCACGGCGACGCAGUACAAGAAAUGCGACGAGUUCCAGACGGGCAUCCUCAUUUACGAAAUGCUGCACCUGCCCAACCCCUUCGACGGAAACCCGGAGCUGAAGGAGAAAGAGUACACCUGUGUCGACCUGCCGCGGAUACCGUGCCGCUCCCUUUAUUCCUCGGGGCUCCAUCAGCUGGCGAGCUGCCUGCUCAACCAACUCCCCUUCGAAGGCAUCCUCUAUCUCCCCGAGGCCAGAGUCCUCCAGUGUUUGCCGGGGCCUCGCGAAGACAUUGCUCAGACUCUGGCGCGCCUGUUGCCGGCGAGCGCCAAAGGGGAGGCGGUGCUCGAACUGGCUGGACAUCAAGCCGACGGCGCUACUUUGAUGAUCAAAGUUUGCGAAAAGUCUUUGGACAGGAAUGUAAAAGUCAGCCUGGAAGACUGGCUCUGUUGCCAGUACCUGGCUUUCACCACUACAGACUCGCUCGACCGCGUGGUGAAAAUCAUGCAGCGGCACUAGCUGAGGGUUUGGGACACUAACCACACGUUACGCCCCAGUCUUUUCCAUACAGCCUGACAAUCACUGCGGCGUAAAGGCGAUUAACGUUCUCACCUGGCUGCGCGUUCGGAGUCCCGCCAAGGCGCUGAGCAAAACUAGAUCUCAGGAGGAAGCUGCGUUUCCUGCCUGAGGGGGAAAGGGAGAACUUGUGUCGGUCUGAGGUCCCAUCAUCUCCUGUAGCAGGUGGCAUGACAGAACAGGGGAAAGUGGAAACGCUGGUCAGGAAACGACUGUUUAUGAGAUCCAUGCUCCGAACGGUGCUCUUCGGAGCCCGGCUGCUGCUUUAAGGACCGUGUUAACCAAGCAGUAUAAACAGCCAGAGGGCAAAGGAAGCAAAUGCAUAUUACAAGCCGUCAUUCCUUCUUCUCUUAUCAGGCAAACAGGGAUCCUAAAUCGGCCUGCCCGAAGUAUCGCCUUUUCUGAAUUCAAUUUUGGCCGG